UGGCGGCGUGAGUGACAAACUCGACGGGUCGCGCCUCGUAAGGGACGCUCUUAUAUUCCGAUCGCGUGGUGGAUGUCGGUUGAUGCGUGCGUGAUUACACACCCAGUGUGACCCAGUGCGACGCUAAUUAAUCAGUGUGAUCACGGAUACGCAUUAACUAGCGCAUAGUGCCUGCAAUUGCAAUCAAACGAAAAUGUCAGUAAGCUAUGCUAGGAUGAAGGCGUGCUACGAGGCGUCUUCACCGACGGCGACAACAAUGACGACGACGACGACGACGACGACGAUGACGACGACGACGACGACGACGACAGCAGUCGCGGCGGCGACAGCGACAACAACGACAACAACGACGACAAUGACAACGAGCAGCACGCCCAGACGGGCCGGCUCAGAGAAGGAUUGGCAGAUGCAAUUGGCGUUUUGCAAGCCUCGUCAUAACGGCACGAUCGAAGGCGUAAAUAACAUCAGUCAGACUUGGCGGAUGAAGGAGCGGAUGAAGACUGUGAGCGUGGCCCUGGUAUUAUGUUUGAACGUUGGCGUCGAUCCGCCUGAUAUCGUCAAGACGCAGCCUUGUGCGCGCCUCGAGUGCUGGAUAGAUCCUUUGUCAGUGAGUCCUCAAAAAGCUCUUGAGACCAUAGGCUCAAAUCUACAGAAACAAUAUGAACGUUGGCAGCCGAGAGCACGUUACAAACAAAGUUUAGAUCCAACUGUGGAAGAAGUCAAAAAACUGUGUACAUCCUUAAGACGCAAUGCCAAGGAGGAGAGAGUCUUGUUUCAUUACAAUGGUCAUGGUGUGCCCAAACCUACAACUAAUGGUGAAAUCUGGGUGUUCAAUAGGACAUAUACACAAUACAUUCCGUUGUCGGUUUACGACUUGCAAACGUGGAUGGGUGCACCUAGUAUCUAUGUGUACGAUUGUUCUAACGCGGGUAUUAUUGUAGAAUCCUUUCAACAAUUUGCUGAUCAGCAUGAGAAAGAGUACGAGGUAGAUAAUAUGGAGAAACAGCAAAAUCGAGCGACUAGUGUAGCAAGUCCAGCGGCACCGUGCUACAAGAACUGUAUUCAAUUGGCAGCAUGCGCGGCCAAUCAGAUUUUACCGAUGAAUCCAAAUCUACCCGCGGAUAUAUUUACAUCGUGUCUCACGACACCAAUAAAAAUUGCAAUACGUUGGUUUGCAAUGCAGAGUACAGCUAAUUUAGUUCCGAACAUAUCGCUCGAUCUACUUGACAAAAUCCCUGGCCAAUUGACUGAUAGAAGGACAAUGUUAGGCGAGCUUAAUUGGAUAUUUACUGCAAUUACCGACACAAUAGCGUGGAACACUUUGCCAAGAGAUCUAUUCCAGAGGUUAUUCAGACAGGAUUUGCUAGUUGCUAGUCUCUUUAGGAAUUUUUUACUGGCUGAGAGAAUACUUCGCUCUUACGAUUGCACGCCAGUCUCCUGCCCGAAGUUACCACCAACUUAUCAACAUCGUAUGUGGCAAGCUUGGGACAUGGCGCUCGAUCUGUGCUUAGCACAGCUGCCGACGGUCCUGGAUAAUGAGGACCGUUAUGUGCACUCAUCGUUCUUCGAAGAUCAACUUACAGCGUUUCAAGUGUGGCUCACCUUAGGAUCACAGAGUCGCAAUCCGCCUGAACAGCUUCCGAUAGUUCUUCAAGUGUUACUGAGUCAAGUUCAUAGACUGAGAGCGUUGGAGUUGUUAGGACGUUUCCUUGAUCUCGGUCCAUGGGCUGUAAAUUUGGCGCUUAGCGUGGGGAUCUUCCCCUAUGUCCUGAAAUUAUUACAAAGCAAUGCCAAAGAGCUUCGGCCGUUGCUUGUUUUUAUCUGGGCAAAGAUCUUAGCAGUAGAUAACACCUGUCAAGCCGAUCUCGUGCGCGACGGAGGCCAUAAAUAUUUCUUGUCCGUGCUGCAAGAUACUUCUACUCCGAGCGAGCACAGAACGUUAUCUGCGUUUGUAUUGGCUAGUAUCGUGAACGAUUACCGGCCAGGUCAGGUGGCCGCGAAUCACGGUAAUCUCGUGUCGAUAUGUUUGGAGCAACUGGGAGACACGAACCCACUGUUACGGCAGUGGCUUUGCUUAUGUUUGGCGCGACUUUGGCACAAUUACGACAAAGCGAGAUGGUGUGGCGUCAGAGAUAUCGCUCAUGAAAAGCUCUUUAUGUUACUGAAGGACCCUGUGCCGGAGGUUCGAGCGGCUAGUGUAUAUGCAUUGGGUACAUUUAUAAAUAGUGUUACAACCAGAAGCGAACAUGCGAACAAUAUUGAUCAAAUUAUAGCCAUGACGCUUAUCAAUACAGUGUCUCACGACAUGUCGCCCUUAGUUAGAAAAGAAUUAGCAGUGGCUCUUCAGUGGAUGGUGCUGCAUUUCGAGAAUUCCUUCGUGACGUUAGCUUUAGCCGAGGAGCACAGUCGGAAGGACCUCAUUGUAGAGACUCUGUCACCCUUCAGUGGCAUGAGACGCAUUAGUUCGCGGGAUAGAUUAAAGAUGCUCUCCCCUAAUAAUACUUACAGCAUAGACACAAUCGACGGAUUCGGACAAGAUCGUAUUAAAAGGGUGUCGUCUUCGUCGUCCAUUAGCAGUCUAGGUAAUAAUUGGGAGUUCGUGAGGAAACCUUGCGAGUCACUUGGUCACAGCUCGCUCGGAAAUUUACCGAGCCUUUCCUACGGUAGCGUGUAUAUGAAAUUAUGGCAUGGAUUGUGCAAUCUCGACAACGAUCCUCAUCCGGUGGUCGGUGCUAUGUCUCACAGAGUGACGAAUCACGUUCGUAAUAAGGUAAAAGCGUCCUCGGCACCGAAAGAGGUAACCGAAACGAAAAUCUCCUCCUCGUUGUCUCUUCCGCCAUCUCCGUCGAAUCGAACUAGUUAUUUAAGUAAUAACAAAGGAGAAUCACCACCGCCCGCUGUCAAUUCUGGAACAGAUUUGUUGCGUUCUUCGAGAGCUCUACCGCAUAGUAGUCGCAAUAGGAAACCAGUUCCUAAUACGAUAUCUGAAGAGACGGACGAAGUGCCUGGAUUCAAGACGCCAUUGACUACCUCUCAGUUUGUCGAAUGGAGCUGCGCACAGUUUGCUCAACCUGCUAAUUUAGAAAACGAAAUGGAUGAUGUAGAAAGCAAGCCGUAUCUCGAGCGAGAAUGGCGAUUUAUACGCAAUGAGAAGCAAAGGCACGAUGCGAAGGAGGAACAGCUGCGCGCCCCGCAAAGUAAGGUGGAGUCGCAGGUGUGUCAUGUGAGAUGUCCGCAAUCUCCCCAGAUCUUGGUCUUUCAUCCGUUCGAGUCGCAUUUGGCCGUAGCGCUGAAAGAUUGCUUCGGAGUAUGGGAUUACCAAAGUGGUGCGAAGUUGACAUAUUGCGCGAGUCGUGGCAACAAGGUGAAAUCGCACGUCACCGCGUUAGAGUUCAUCAAUUCGCACGACCUGACUCUGCUGAUGGCGGGUUCCGAUGAUGGUUCCGUGAGGGUGUGGAAGAAUUACUGCGGCACAAUCAGUCCUGAUCCAAUUUUACUUACCGCCUGGCAGGCUCUGGCAGACGUGCAGCCUGCGACUAAGACUUCCAGUGUGACGGCAGGAUUGGUCACGAAAUGGGAACAGAAAUCACUCACUCUAGCAGUAACGGGUGACGUACGCAUUGUGCGACUCUGGGACGCUGAAACGGAAUUGAAGAAGCAAGAUAUACCGACAGGCGCGGAUUGUUGUACCACUUCCCUCGACGUUGACGGCACAGGUUCGAUCAUGGCAUUGGGCUGCGGUGAUGGAUCAGUUAGACUCUUCGAUCGGCGAUUACCUCCUGCAGAAGCAAGAGUUAUGACAUGGAGGGAACACAGUGUUUGGGUUCUGGGCACAUUUCUGAGGAAGACAUCAGCGCCCCAACUAUUCACCGGCUCUUCAUCGGGCGACAUAAAGAUCUUUGAUCUUCGAAAAAAUUCUUCCGUCAGCACGAUUCAAAUAACACCGAGCAUCGCGGCAUUAACGGCGCAUGAAGUGGCUCAUAUUUUUGCUUGCGGCACUACGAAUCACUGCAUCAGCGUCUACAAUACCUCAGGCCACCACCUCAAUACGAUAAAAUUCCACGAGGGAUUCAUGGGUACGCGCAUAAGCCCGGUGAGCUGUCUGAACUUUCAUCCGCAUCGCGUGGCUUUCGCGGCCGGUUUCGUAGACAGUACCUUCACAGUGUACGAAUCGCGCAGAUGACCAUUAGAGAUGGAACACGUGUAAGGUCUUUGCAGAUUUUUGUAAAUUUAUAGCGAUUCACGUAUAUAUUCUUUCGCGAAUUUUAUCGCUCUGACGAAAAAUUAGGGCUUCGUGUUCGUAUCGUGUUUUUCUGCGAGAAAACCGUGCUGUUAGUUCCUACGGUGAUUAGACAAUAGUCUGCUCCCCCUCUCCUCACUCCGUUAUUUUUGCUAGGAGACACGAUCUUUAUCUGUUACUUCGUGCAAAGGUGUAAAGGAAGAAAGGUAAUUGUUAGCUUUUGUGAUAAGCGAGUACCGCGAGUAGAUUAACCAAAGUAUCUCGAGAUGACCAAAGAACAAUCCGAAGAUACGAUUAAUCAUCGGCAAAUAGGUGUGUAUGUGUAUGUUCUUGUUUGUGUAUGUGAGAGAGACUUUAACUUCCCUGCAUAAUGAAGCAAAAACUAUCGCGAGGGAGCUUUGAGCUUUUUGAGUGAUAAUGCUUAUGACCUGUACCGGUGAACUGUCCUGAACUCGACUGUUGUGCCAUGCAAUCCACUUCUCAAGAUGAAGCUAUUGGAUAGACAUUUUUACGCAACGAAGGUACUUCAACUACCGAGUAAUGAUAGGUCCGAAUCGCGACGCGAGCUGUACAUACGAUAGCUCGCUUCGCGUGCAUUUUCAUAUACCGGGAGGCAGUUUGCGCUGAUGUCUACAUUUCACUGAUAUCUCUCGAUGAUCUUAUCUACUUCUUGUUUAUUUCUUUUUAUUGUCCUCAUCGAUUAAGUACAUGUAUGUUUUACAUAUAUGUUAACUACAUAUAUGUUUUGAAAACUCUUAAUCGUUACUGAUGUCGUACAAACUUAUAUAUAGAGAGAUAUAGUAUACAAUGAUUACGAAUAAUUUGAUUAACAGUGAGAUUCAACGCGGAAUAUAUUUCUUACGCAUUUGUGCGCUGAUUCCAAGUGGCAAUAUUAGAUGUACCUGCUGCACGUAAUUUCACACGUAGGGGAUUUGCGGAUUAACAACGCAGAUACAAUCACGCAAAAUUAUCCAAAUAAGUAUAUGCAAUAUAUGUACACCCACGUAAAACCGAAUAAGUGACGAAUAAAUGGCUGUCUGAAAAUUGUGAUGUGUGUGUGACAGUAUUUUUUAUUCAAUUGUCAAUUUGCGAGUAAUUAUGUGAUUUCCGAUUUAUUGUUUAUACAAAUUUAUCCGACAGGAGCAAUUGCGCCCGUGUUAGAGCUAUGAUAAUACGGGCUAGUUUGUUGCGCGGUUGAAUAGCGAAAUCAAGUAAAAGUAUUAUCGCAAUUGGCUGAUAUACCAAGCUCUCAUAUAUAUAUGUGUGUGUGCAUGUGUGAUUGUGUGUACGUAUGUGUGCACGCAUGCUUACGUACAUGUAUGUAAGAAAGAUCGAGAUACGUUAGUCGGUCAUAUCGUUGAUUACGACGUGGCUGAGUCGGUCGUACAUCGUACAAUGAUACGUCGCGCAGUAAGACCACUUGUAUCGAAAAUUACUCGAUAUAUCUUUUUUCCGGUAUGUGUUAUUAACAAAAGUAACUUGUUGCUUUUGCUGUACAAAACUGAAUUGGCGAAAAAUAGGCCAAGAUAUAGAUAAUUUACGUCGAGACUGUUAAAUGCAAAAUAUAUAAUGCUAUGUUGGGGCUGUCUAUUGAUAAUAAUGAAUUUACAAGAAAGAUGUAUACAAUGUAGUGAAAUUACAAUUCUCUACUAAUCAUUUACAACUGACAUCACGUCAAUAACAAAAUAUUUUGUUACUUUUAUAAUAUUUUAAGUUGCUUUAUACCGUAAUUAACAGAAAGUCAGCUGCCUGCGAUUGUUGAAAUUGUGCAAAAUAUUUAAAAGACAUUACACGCGCUCCACGCUGCGCGUUAGACGGGUAACUCGAGGAAACUCUUUGUUUUCUUACCAUUUAACACCAGUGAUUGCAUCCGCGAAUCAUAAUAUGAUUAUACACCGAAUGAUUGAUUAUGCACCGCAUGAUAAUGAUGGAUUACACACAACUAUUAUUUGGCUACGUUAUCAAUUUAUUGAUUCCGCUCUCAUGGUCACUGUCGCUGCCAUUUGUAAAGUACGUUUUUUUGCCGAUACUCGCGAGAACUGAGAACAAUCCCAGUUUCUUGAACGAACGACGGGCGGAUGGUUACUAUUGUAACGACGGACACAUUGUAAAUAUACAUAUGAGAAACGCACCGAGGGAGAAGAAGAUGCGCGGGGGACGUCCGUGCGGCUUCUAUCCCUUUAUAUCAUACGGUAGUUUUAUGAUUGACGUCUCCGGGGCAUGCCCGAUAAGACGACCGAGAGAUUGAGGCGUGUGUAUUGUAAGAGUUAUAUUUCCGCUAAAUUACACAUGUACACAGACAGACGUAAAGAAGUAGCGACGGAUGUACUUAAGCAUCACUAUCACCCGUUAAUCAUUAAACUGUGUGAAAACCGUGCGUUCCUUUUUAACUAAGGGACGAAUGUUGCAAGGAUUCUUCAAGAAAAUUGAUCUCAAUGUAUGUGUGUGUGUCUAUAAUUCAGAAAAUAAAUUUUCCUAUUAAAUUUGUUUUAAAGCUUUUCGAGGAAUAGGAAUUCGUUGCAAUCUUUUUGCUACGUAAGUCGUGUGUUUCUGCUAUAUUUGGAAUACAAUGUUAGAUGA